AAAUAUCAAAACUCCCGCACGUACAUAAACCCAUCUAUCAGAUCAGGAAAAAAACCAAAUUUCCCCUUCGGUGGACUCCUGGUUACGUGGUCCUCGCCGCAAUUCUCCACAAAGACGUUCCUCAUCGAGACUCUAAGAGGUAAUCCCAUCGCAACCCAUUCACAAUCCCAUCUACAUCUGCUGCCCGUCCGCCCGCCUCCCAGCGCGGCCCGUCCGCUCGCCCUACCGCACACCGUCCCUCUCCAUCACAACCCAGCUCCGUCACACUCCCUCCCUACCCAGCGCCGUGCGCGCCCGGCCUAGCAUCCGCCGCCGUCGCUCCUAGACACCAAACUGGAUCGGAUCGGAUCGCCGCAGGGAUGUUCUCCGACGAGACCAGCAUGCUCCUGGACCUUGACGUGAAGACCUUAGGACCCCUGCGCGCCCCUGGUAGAUGCUCAGCUGCAGGAGGGAGGCGCAGGUUGCCCCAUCGUCGCAGGCCUUGACCUCCUGUUCAGUCAAAAAAAAAAAAAAAAACUGAUGCGGCGCGCAGGCGAUGAGCAAUGGAUGGCUGGUGACAGUAGGACUUUUGUUUUUCACUGUGAGGGGAAACCUGCAGGAGAAGAAUUCUUCCAGACAGAAGUGGAUAGGGGUGAUAUCUGCUAUUAUAACCUUAUCCUAUUGAUUGAGAAACUUGGGUAUGUAGCGAUGGACUUUUUGUACUACAAGAAGAGAGGUAGGAGUGAGGUGGCUAGUCUGCCGCUGAUAGACUAUCAUGAUGAUGUGGAGAGAAUGAUAAGAGAUAGUGAGAGCGAGAAGAAGGUUCGAUUUGUAUUGUCGAAGGAACAAUUAAUGGAGCUGAAAGUUAGCAUAUCGCCCAUCAAACGCUCCGGGGAACAACCAGUUAGAGAGGAAACAAUCAAUACAUACAAAGACUGGCUGAAGGAGCAAGAACCAGCAAUGGGUAAUUUGUUUUGCUAUACUGUAUACACUAUGUAUUCUUAUAUGGCCAUGUAAAGGUUAGUAUCAAUUGCUUUCUACUCAACUUAUUGUUAUGGAUUAUCGAGUAUGCUUGUGUCCUCCAAGAGUUACAGAACGGGCUGUUGCUAGAUUAUUUUUUUGUGUUAAAAGUAAAGAGUCAGCAUUCAUCAAUGGAUUAUAUAAUAUUAUUUCCUUGGAAAUAAUGGCUGUGUGGAUUAUAUAAUAUUAUUAGCUUUUUUUUUGCAUUGGUUGACAAACUGCAGGUAUCUGAUUUGCACUUCCUUUUUAGUUAUUUUAAAAAACUGCAACA